AUGACUUCCUCAAUGCUGAGCCGGCACGACUUUAAUGUGCUUGACAAAAUCAAAGACCCUGAGUCCGACCCUUCCACAAACGUCUUGCUCGAUCCGUCGUUGCCCCGAGAUCCACAAAUCACCGAUACAUCCGUCUACGAACGUGUAAUUCAGAAGGAAAAAGAGAUCGUCAUAUCGAUGCAGCAGCUCGAACUGCAGUUGGCAGGGCUGAGGCCAAAGACUGCGGCUGAACCGGUUCAAGAGUACACGGCCCUCCUGGCAAAGCUGGGCGACUUCAUAUCCGAAUACCCAAACUAUGCUAGCGCGAGGAACAAUCGUGUGCAGGCGUUGAGGCGUCUUUAUGGAGACACGAUGCUGUUGGCAGGCGCGCCUUCUUCUCAGCGACUCGUCGACGAACCUCACCUGAUUGUGAUGAGCCAGCAAUCAAAAGUUGCUUUAGAAGAUAUUGAGAAGUCCAUCUCACUUCUAACACCUCGAGCAAUGUUCGCCGCCAUGUCCCCUCAGGCCGCUAAAACUCUGUCUCUUGCCUACACACAGAGGGCGGCCAUCUAUCACAUGACAGCCAAGGCGAUGACUGGCCUCAGUAUAAAUGUUGACGAGACAAGGCGCGAGGUAAAAUGGAGUAAGCUUGAUUUCGAAGAAGCAGCAUCGCGCGACUUUGCAAUGGGCGGCAGAUACGGGAACGAAAUAGCUAAAGGCCUGGCCGUAAGCACCAACCCAACGGCGAAGUUGUGCGGGCAAAUGGUUCGGGAGGCGAUGAAGAAGGAGUACGGCCCUUCAUAUGGUGGUUAA